GUGUAGGAGGUGAAUUGUAGACAGACGCAUGCGCUUUAUUUCUCGCUGUCCUGGGAUAGCGGCUGAGAGAAUUAACCCCGCCCAAGAGAAGGGGGAACAAACGUGUCUUUAUUGACUUUGUGCACGUGUGGAUUUCCUUGCUGGAGUAGAACGUUGCAGCGAACGUGAGGAAGGGGUUGUGGCUCACUGGCGGAGCACCUGUUUGGGGUGGAAAAGAUGCUGAAAUCAAUCUUAGGGAUCUCCCGUUUAAAAGAGUAAUCCUGCACUCAUGUUUAAAAUGCAUAUAUUCUGGAUUAUGAGACAGACUUCCCUAGCAGGGCCUCCAGUGUGCCUGAGCCUUGCACGACACCUCAGCAACACAGCCCCAAAAGCCUCUUACAAAUAUGUAAAUUUAAAAGAGGAGCCGACGGACAUGAGAUCUAUCACGGACAAGGCUGCACAGACCCUACUGUGGACAGAGCUCAUACGAGGCAUGGCUAUGGCUGUGAGCUAUGUGUUUAGGGAACCUGCAACUAUCAACUAUCCCUUUGAGAAGGGUCCCCUGAGCCCACGCUUCCGUGGGGAGCAUGCCUUACGUCGAUAUCCAUCUGGAGAGGAGAGAUGCAUUGCUUGCAAGCUUUGUGAAGCUAUCUGCCCAGCCCAGGCAAUCACCAUUGAGGCAGAGCCCCGCGCAGAUGGCAGCCGGAGGACCACUCGCUAUGACAUUGACAUGACUAAAUGCAUCUAUUGCGGAUUCUGUCAAGAAGCCUGUCCAGUUGAUGCCAUUGUGGAGGGCCCCAACUUUGAGUUCUCCACAGAGACACAUGAAGAGCUCCUGUACAACAAAGAGAAGCUGUUGAACAACGGUGACAAGUGGGAAGCUGAGAUUGCUGCUAACAUACAGGCCGAUUACUUGUACCGAUGAUGGAGCACUUAUCUUUGCGCAUCCUAACCAGCAAGUCCAGCCAGAACCAAGCCUGCAAUAAAGUGUGUGCAUUCACUGUU